CACAAGAAAAAACCACAUCACACUUCAACAAUGACUGCACCACCACCGCUCCUCCCCGUCACUUCUUCCGGUGACGCUAACGCGCCACCCAUCCGCGUGAACCCGCUCUACAUUCUAGCUUUCCUCGCCACCACCAUCAGCACCUCCUUCAUAACCUACCUCGCCUACACCCACAACGACAACCCCAUGCUCCUCUUCACCUCCUUCAUCUACGUCCUUUACUUCUCCGUCGACUUCUUUCCUCUCCCCCCUGCUCCCUCGGCGCGUGCCUCCCACGUCAGGCUCUUCCUCUGGGCGGUGCUCAGCGCCGCCAUGUUCGCAUUCGCCUGUUCGUUCUCGCUCGUUUUAACGCUCCCUGAGAGCAUGUGCUUCUUCGGGGUGGUGCUCGGUGGCAGCGCGCUGCUGUUGAGCGCGUGGAGCGGCGACAGUAAAUUUGUCGCGAAAAAGGAACAGUACUCCGACAUGGUGCAGUCUUUUGGUCCCAUAAUGUUGAUGUUUUUCGGUUUGGGAAGACGCUAUGUGACGACUCAACUUAUUCUCCACGCCGCCAUCAUGAACACCAGGAAGCUCGUUGGACCAGCAACAACAGUGUAUAUCAAUGCUCAGAUUUCAAAUUCUUCCUUUCGUUUCUCUUCUUAAAACUUCUUAUAAACUUUUCAUCAUUCAUUCAAUUAAGUUCUUCACAAGUUUCAUAAAUCAAAUCUUAAAAUAUAAAAAUUCAUGACACAUUUACAUUCUGGAAA